AUGAUUCCACCGAUCACCGGAGCAAUGCAUCAUACCGUCUCCAAGGAUCCGCAUGAAUUGCUGGCGACAGAAUCGUGCGUAUGUAUGACGGAUUAUUGCAACAGCGAAAAACCGGAAGUAACGGGACCGGAAAAAAUGAAGUGCCAGACUUUCGUCACACUUGAAGCAAUGGGCACCAAGGUACCCAUUUUUAGGACGAACUUCACCUGUAAUCAUUAA